UGACCCGUUCUCAUCUUAUUCCCUUCUCGAAAGCCGGCCGGCGACGGUGUAAGAUCAUCAACCACCGGUUUCUUCCAUGGAGAGCACGGAGCUGAAAGUAGAGAUGGUGGCGUUGCAUGAGAAGAGGGUACGGAAAUGCCUGUCCAAAGUGAAAGGCAUCGAGAGGGUGGAGGUGGAGGCGAGCAUCCAGAAGGUGAUCGUCACCGGGUGCGCGAACCGGAGCAAGAUCCUGAAGGCGCUCAGGAGGGUGGGGCUCCGGGCGGAGCCGUGGUCGCCGCACAACGAGCUGCUCAGCGCCUACGCCGCCGGCAGCUUCAUGUUCAAUAACUACAGCUUCUUCUGAAUCCUGCCUGAUACCUUGGAACUAGCACUUGUAACCAGUCAUCGAUAUGAUCUACUUCUGCUUGUUUAUUUGUUGGGGUGUUGCUAAUUACGUAGUGCCUUUUCCCCCUUCUUUGCGAUCUGAUUGGGAACGGGAUGGCGUAGUCCCACAAGUACGCAUGAUCGUGUUUCUCUUUCUUUUGGUGAGGGUGAGGUAUGCAGCUGGCAGAUGUAAAAUGUUCUAUCCCGCAGGCGAGAAAUUA